AUGGCUGUGCAGGAGAAACACAGUGACAUCCCUCCAUCGCAGGGACCGCUUUCUACACGUACCAUCGAGAGCCAGAAGAAGAGGAAUGGAUAUGAAAGAACAGGAGACAAUGUUGGUCAUAUCAAACCAAAUUCACAGGCAAAGAAUACAGCUGGUUCUGUCAACAAGGCUGCCCAAAUCUGCAACACAGCCACUCCACGGGCCACUGCAGUGGCCAAUGGACCAAAUAUUGAUGAAAGGCUGAAAGCAGCACGUGAGAGAAGAGAGGAGCACCAGAAGCUACUUGCCUCUCGGGAGCAGGGCAGAUUGGAGCGGGAGCGGCGGGCCAGGCAGUUCUAUGAACAACAACUGCAGGAGCGCAAGAAGAAACUCCUGGACCAGAGGCUGAAAGAGGAGAGGAAGCGAGCUGCCGUGAAGGAGAAGCACAAGCAGAGACUGAAGGAGGAGAAAGAGCGAUAUGAAUCUGCAGUGCGUAGGACAGUGGAGAAGAGCCAAAAGGCCCAACACAGCCUCAGUCAAAGCUCAAGAGGAAGGAAACUCACCAAGAACGUACCACGUCGCUUGCCUCUGACAUCAUGGGAGAAGAACUUGGUCAGUCGCCUGUUAACCCCUACAUGCUCUUAUCUGGCGAGGAGCAAGAGUGCUGGUUGUCAGUCAGGAGAAGAAGUUUCAUUCCACUCCAUGAAUUCCACCGUCACUGCCCCUCACAAACCCCAGCACCACUCUGGUCCAGCCCACCACAUGCCAUCUGCCUCCCCGAGUCCCAACAACAAUCAGCACAGAAGCAUCAAUCUGGCACAGAUCAAAACAGCAAGACAGCAAGACGCUCAUAAGAAGAACUCAAAUACUAGAUCACCUGCCGCCAACACCAGUGUGAAACCAGCCAAAGUCAAACGGAGCAGAACCACCUCCCCCUCACCUGAACGGACUCCCCGCAGAUCAACCAGCAAACACUCAACCCCUCUGCAGCUGGAGCUCCCAUCGGUCCCUGAGGAAGAUGUUACCGUUUUCAGUUCAGUCCUCUCCCCUGGUAACUCAAGGCCUGUCAGGACUCCAGCUAGAGGUCAGCAGGAGAAAAUGAAGAAUGAAAAUCCACCAGAGGCUCCAUGUUUGAACCUGCCCGACAAAGAGACAGCUGCUAUAACUAGAACAGCAGGACAUGGAAGUCCUCAGCAAAAGCCCCCUCAUCCAGCUCCACAGCCUCCUGAAGUCCCGUGUAGACCUUCAGCCGGGACAACAGACCCAGGGGAGGCCUCACGUCUCCUGGCUGAAAAAAGAAGAGAGGCCCGACUACAACGUGAGAGAGAGGAGCAAGAGCGCCUGCAAAGAGAGGAGGUUGAAAGGCGGAGUCGUGAAGAGCUGGAGCGCAAGAGAGCAGACGAGCGAGCACGACAGCAGGCCGAGGCUCAGCGUCUCGUAGAGGAGAAGAUGAGGAGGGAGGAAGAGGAGCAGAGACAAGCUGAGGAGGAAAGAGCUCAGGCUAUGAAAGAAGCCGCCCUUCUGCAGAAACAGAGAGAGGAGGAACAAGCCAAAGAGAAGGCAAAAGCAGAGCAGAUGAAACAAGAGCGAGAAGUAAUCGCACAGAAAGAGGAGGUAGCGCGCCAAGCAAGAAAAAAGCGACUUGAGGAGAUCAUGCGGAGGACCAGAAGGACUGAUUCUCCAGAUACGAAAUCUGUUCCUGCAAGUAUUUUGCCAAAUGAAGCCCAACCAAAGGAAAACACAGAGCCUGUGCACAACGGCACAAUAGAAGUUGCCGUCAAGCUGCCAAUGGGGACGAAGACUUCAGAGCUGGGUCUGAACAACGAGGAGGACAUGGUACCUGUUGUGGCCUUCAAAGAACGCAGGUCCCUCAGGACUCUCACAGGCCUGGAGGAAAUCCAGAGCCACCAACGAGCAGAGGUCAUCUGA